AUGUGCGCACGCCGUCUCUUUUCGUGCACAAAUUGGAGUGUUAUCCCCAAUGCUAAAGGUGCUCUGCAGGAGAGACAUCUCUACGAGCAACGGAGUGCCACUCACUACGGCGUGUCGAAAGCUGCGGCCGAGAUGGAUCACGACUCGCUGGGAAGGAGCACGUGCGACCCGUGA